CAAGCUCGAGCCAAGGUAUGGAACCAGCCAUCUUCCGCAGCGUCGUCUUGCAGCAGCCAGACAUUGCGACGAUCAUCUUUGGCAGCCAUGAUGGCGUCCCCGAAGACGUACACGCAGCCAUUACCGCCUGCCGCGACCUAGUCGAGGUUGACGCCUCGGGAUGCUACAAGUACGACGCGUCGUUCCGCCAGGCGUUUGCGCCCGACACCGAGUGGUCCAACGAGCUCGGCACGCUUCCGUCCUCGCCGUACCUUCGGCGCGACGGCCAAUACGACGACCGCCUGCCGGUGCACAUGGCGAUCGUCGGUGGCUUUGCGCACCUCACCAAGCGCAUCGUCCGCUUCCGGCCCGACCUUGCCUCGGAAGACGCGAUCAUCUUGGCCGUCACGGAACGCCGUCUCGAGAUUGCCGACCUACUACUCAAUGCGCGACCGACCGUACCCGAGCUCUAUCGACGCAUCAACUUUCCACAUCGCUCGGAUGGCUCGGACCAGCGCUUCUCGGACCUUUUUUUGCACGACAUGAUGGCCAAGAAGGACGUCAAGGGCCUUCAGCUGCUCGUGCGCUUUGGCCUGCGCCCCAACGACUUUGACGCGCCCGACAGAAGCGUCACGCGAGAGAAAAUGUUCCAACGUGCGAUCUGGGACGCAACAGUCGAGAACGCGACGCUCGCCGUCGGCUGCUUCCCGUGGCUCAUCUACCCGCGCAUCUUGGACGACGUCGCAGGCUUGUCACUCGUCCAAACGCUCCACGAACGCGGUUUCGAGUGCUCCACGGCCGCCAUGGACAAGGCGGCUGCAAAAGGCCAUCUCGAAGUCGUCCAGUUCCUCCACACGCACCGAAGUGAGGGCUGUACGGUGAGGGCCAUGGACAACGCCGCUUCCAACGGUCAUCUCGAGGUCGUCCAGUUCCUCCACACGCACCGGAGCGAGGGGUGCACCGUCAAGGCUCUCGAUGGCGCCAUCGCUUCUGGCCACCUCGAUGUCGUCCGCUUCCUCAUCGAGCACCGAAGCGAAGGUGCAUCAUUGAACAUUCUUGACGUUGCCGCUGGCUAUGGUCAUCUCGAGGUCGUGCAGUACCUCGAUGGUCUCGGCUCGUUUGGCUGCACCGUCAAUGCUGUCGAUUCUGCAGCGAUACACGGCCACCUCGACUUGACCACUUAUCUCCUCUCGCUCGGGUAUCCGGUCGGGAUCUUGGGAGUCGCUUGGGACAGCGCCGCCGCGCCCGAGCCACUCGACGUUGUCCAGCUCUUCGUCGGCUACGGCAUGCCGUGGAGGUUCGAGUGGAUCGAGGAAGCGUGUGCGGCCAACAACGUGCCGCUGAUCCAGUUCUUCUGCGGGCACUUGGACGAUUACGACGACCCGGACGACGUGCUUGACGAGGCAAUCAGGCGCAAGGCGUGGGACGUGGUGCGCAACCUCUUGGCCUACAGCACGGCCGAGAUCUCACUCGACGCGCUCCAGUCGGCGCUCGACGGGUGCCACUUUGACGUCGCGACCCAAAUCCUGCGGCGUCGACCAGCCCUCGGCGACGACGAAUGUCUCCGAGAGGCUGUAAUCGACCAGAACGUGGAGGCAGUGCGCUUCCUCCUCGCGGCAGGCAUUGGCCAGCCUCGCGACUGCCUCGUCGAGUUUGCGGGUCGUCGAGACCAUGUGACGACGAGCAAGCUCCUGCUGCCGUACUGUAUGGACGCAGUGAACCAUGUCGACAACUUCAACUUUCUUUUGGAUCUCGUCGCGCGGCCCAAAUGCCAUCGCCCAACGCUCCUUCGCGUGAUCACAACCGAGCUCGCGCACCAAGGACACAAGGUCAGCCAAACCAUGCAGCUACGCUAG